AUGAAUCUUGCUGGAGCUGACGGUUUCCUUGCUGAUGAAGAACGCAAAUGGAUCUUGGGCAAUGCAGUCGCCAAAGGCGCUGGCGCACAUGUAAUCAAUUACUUCACAAUUUACCAGCCGAUGAAAGCCGAAAUCGAAGCGAUGAUAGCAGAGAAGCCGAAAUUUACACAAGAAGCAGGUCGGUCACUCAUUCUUGAAGCUAUUCUGGCAGCCAGUACUGACAAUGAUUUUCAUGCAGCCGAGCGAGAUGCCAUCUACCGAAUUCGUCGAGCUUUGGGCAUGAAUGAUGCGCUCAUGCAACAACUCGAACAGGCAGCCGUAAACGAAAUAUCCCAUCAACGUCAAGUCUUAACUCUCAUGUAUCCUGAAGAUUUUCAAAAGUCCCUGAACGUGUCUGAAAUCGAUUUCAAGUGCAAAUAA